UGGUUACUGUUGGCUGUUUUCAGUCAGCAGGACGGUUUUUACGUAACGGGUUUCUUCGGCGGUAAUUUUUCUAGGCAGUGGUAGUGUUUGUUUGUGAUUAGUGUUUUGGUUGUGAUUUUUAACUGAAAUUACCAUUCAACGGAGAAGAUGGAGAUUCGUGCGGUCGUUCUUUUGGUCGCGAUGACCGUCACGCUGUGUAGUUCGGCAGCGGUGAAAAACCAUUGGCUCGGGUACAAAUUAUACCGGCUGCAAGUGUCCACCCAGGAGCAGCUGGAAUUUUUACGAGCUUUGGACCAGGAAAUUGAAUACAAAGACCUUCAAGACAAGGUGGACAUCUGGACUCACCUGAGCCAGGCCGUGCUGGACCUGAAGAUGCCCAUCAACGUCAUUAUCUCACCCGAGAAGCAGCCGGAAGUGCUGGCCCUGUUAGAAGAGCAGGGGAUUGCGUACAAGGUUUCCAUCGACGAUGUGGCCGCCGCUGUGGAAGCGGAGUCGUUUAUGUCGCCGGCUGACCAGAAGGCCGCCGACGCCGGCAAGAUGAGCUGGACGGCGUACCAUAGAUACGCCACGAUGGAGGCAUUCGUGCAAAGUCUAGCGCAGGAUUAUUCUGACAUUGUGGAGCUGAAGAUGAUUGGAAAGAGCUACGAAGGCCGCAGCAUGUACCGGCUGAAGGUGGGGAAGCCGCGCGCCGACGGCAAGAAGAAGCCGGCCAUUUGGAUGGACUCCCAUAUUCACGCCCGUGAGUGGAUCGCCAGCGCCACAUUGCUGUACAUGACGAAUAAGCUGGUGACGGAAUACUCGCGCAACAGCACCGUCAGACGCAUGGUGGACGACCUGGACUGGUACAUCCUGCCAGUGGUCAAUCCCGACGGUCUGGAGCACACCCACUCCGACUCUUCCUACUCGACACGCAUGUGGCGCCGCACCCGCCGCAUCAGCCCCUUCGCCGAAUGCUUGGGCGCUGAUCCCAACCGCAACUACGAUUUCAAGUGGAUGUUGUCUGGCGCGGUGCAAUCGCCGCCGUGCAGUGACAUCAACGCCGGCGCCUUUCCCUUCUCGGAGGUCGAGAACCUCCAUCUAACCGACACGGCGCUGGAGGUCAAGGAUCAGCUCAAAGUAUUCCUUACCAUUCACUCCGCCGCCCAGAUGAUCCUCACACCCUGGGGCUACGCGCUGGAAUAUCCCAGCGAUAUUGCUGAUCUGGAAGCUCUGGGCCGGCGCAUGGCCAACGCCAUUACGGCGCAGUAUGGUGUCCGCUACCAAGUGGGCAGCUCCACGUAUCUCUUAGGCGCGGCAGCCGGUGCUACGGACGAUUGGGGCAAAGCCAAGGCCGGCGUCAAAUAUUCGUACACGGUGGAGUUGCGUGACCUGGGCUACGGCUUCAUCCUACCGCCCAGCCAUAUUGUGCCCAGCGGCAUCGAGACCUUCGAGGCCAUUAUCGAGGCCCACCGCACCGUCGUCGCCGAGUUCGGCACCACCCUCAACUGACCAACCAAGAACGAAUUAACGCAAUAACUUUGAAUAACUCAGUAACUUUAUCAGUUCGUAUGUCUUUCUCACAACAACCAACAAAUUAAGUGAUCACCACAGUCAGUGGGACCAGUUUCUUGUACAGAUUUACCGGUAACUAUUCUCGGAUGACCUUCCCAUAUACGGCAUAAGACACGUAUUUAAUUACCAUUAUACCAUUGAAAAGUUAACGUCAA